AUGGAGAAUUUCCUGCAAGUGCAAAAGAGCACCAUUGCCCUGCUGGGAUUUGAUCUCUUCAGCGACAAACAGGAGAUGUGGAAGCGUCCCUACAGGGCCAUGAACGUGUUUGGCAUAGCGGCCAUCUUUCCCUUUAUCCUGGCAGCCGUGAUCCAUAACUGGAAGAAUGUGAUGCUGCUGGCAGAUGCCAUGGUGGCUUUACUAAUCACCAUUUUGGGACUCUUCAAGUUCAGCAUGAUUCUAUACUUGCGAAAGGAUUUCAAGCGGUUGAUUGUAAAGUUUCGUUUGUUGAUGACCAAUGAGGCGGACCAGGGUGAGGAGUACGCGGCGAUCAUCAACGAGGCCAACAAGCAGGACCAGCGUAUGUGCAGCAUUUUUAGGACCUGUUUCCUCCUGGCUUGGGCCUUAAACAGUGUCCUGCCCUUUGUGCGAAUGGGUCUCAGUUAUUGGCUGGCAGGACAUGCUGAGCCAGAGUUGCCAUUUCCCUGCCUGUUUCCCUGGGACAUUCACAUUCUACGAAACUACGCCCUAAGCUUCGUUUGGAGUGCCUUUGCCUCGACUGGUGUGGUCCUGCCAGCUGUUAGCCUGGACACCAUUUUCUGCUCCUUCACCAGCAAUUUGUGUGCCUUUUUCAAGAUUGCCCAGUAUAAGGUUUUGAGAUUCAGGGGUGAAAAUCUGGAGAAAUCGCAGGCCACGCUCAACAAGGUCUUCGCCUUGUAUCAGACCAGUCUGGAUAUGUGCAAUGACCUGAAUCUCUGCUAUCAACCCAUUAUCUGUGCCCAGUUUUUCAUCUCCUCACUGCAGCUGUGCAUGCUGGGUUAUCUGUUCUCCAUAACCUUUGCCCAAACCGAGGGCGUGUACUAUGCCUCCUUCAUAGCCACCAUUAUCAUUCAGGCCUAUAUCUAUUGCUAUUGCGGCGAGAAUCUGAAGACGGAAAGCGCCCUCUUCGAGUGGGCCAUCUAUGACAGUCCCUGGCAUGAGAGCUUGGGUGCUGGAGGAGCCUCCUCCUCGAUCUGCCGAUCCCUGCUGAUCAGUAUGAUGCGGGCACACCAUGGUUUUCGCAUCACUGGUUACUUUUUCGAGGCCAACAUGGAGGCCUUCUCGUCGAUUGUCCGCACGGCCAUGUCCUACAUAACAAUGCUGCGAUCCUUCUCCUAA